AUGUUGGAUGGCGCGUGUGGGCGGCGGGUGUCAAACCCAGUCCGAGAGGCGGCGGCGGCGGCGGCGGCGGCGGCGACCACGACGCUCCUCCUCCUGCUCCUGCUCCUCCUGCUGCUGCUGUUGCUGCUCCUGGCGGCGCUCCAGUCCGGAGGAGCCACUUGGGCCCUGCGAGAGAAGCAGCAGCAGCAGCAGCAGCAGCAGGUGGGGGGUUGUUGUUUUUUUUAUGGAGGGGAGGUGGGCCGGACCUGGGCCUCAGGUGGCGGCGGUGGGAAGGGGCGGCCGACCCUCCCUCAGCCCCCGCCGCAGGCUGGAGGGAGGUGGGGAAAGAGCAAGCGUGGCUGCUGGGUGGGGGGCGUGUGCGUCCCCGAAGCGGGUGUAUCGAGGCAGGCGGGUGUGGGGCGGGGGGCUGAGGAGGAGGAGGAGGAAGAAUUGGGGGGUGUUGUUGUUGGGUGAGGGGGGUCGGCCAGGGCUCGGGGUCGCCUGAGGCGGGGUCUGCAAAGCGGGUAUCUUGGGGGUGGGGGGAAGCGCCUCGGAGACGUGAAAUGCAUCUUUGCUCCCCACCCCCAACUGGCGCUGCUUCCUCUGCCUCUUCCCCAUGUGGCAUUUUUAGCUGGUUUGGCAAUACAGAUGGAUGGAUGGGCUUGUUGCUGGGUUAAGUUGGGCAUUGUAAAUAUUACCUGGGGUGCCUUUUUUUUUCUUUUUUAGUGUGUGUUUCGCUAUGGCAUUUUAAAUCUUCCCAGUUUUGCUUCCUUUCUGCGUCUUUUAACCUGUUUUGCUUUGUUUCUGUGUGCUAAACUGAACUGACUAGUAAGUAUUUGUUACAUUUGAUGUAUUAACAUAGGCGUCUUAAAAUGUUUAUGCACUGACAUGUAGGUUAUGGAGAUAUAUACACACACACACACAUAUAUGCAUUAAGUAUCUGUUACAUCUAUGUACCAUAUCGUAUAUAUUCACAAUGCCUUAUCAAUUGCACACAUGCAUACCCUACUCUGUAGGGGUGAGUUCAGUAAGUGAUCCAUUAUGAAGCUCUGCUCCCCAAAGGGUCAACAUUUCAUUGUGAAGAUUUUGGUUUUUGUUUGUUUUUACAGUACUGCUGUUUUUAGUACUAACUUACCUGAUACAUAGGCUGGUUUUGUAAAUACAUUUCUGUUUAUACUGGCUAUUGUGAGACUCCUCAGAUGCAGAAGAGGUGGGGCAUGCGAUAAGAAAUUGGGGUUUCCUGAAACGGGGUGCCUCAUAAGCAUGGGAGGGAGAGCUGGAUUUAUGGGUGUAGAGUAGAGGGAUGUGUUUGGGGAUUAAAGUGACUGGAUAUCUUGAAUCUGGUUGUUUGGGGAUAGUGAAGUGGGGUGCAUGAAGGAAGGGAGGAAGAUAAUGGGGAGGUGGAUUGGAUCCUGGGGCUUUGGCUCUUGUUGAGGGUGCUGUGUCUGUGUUCAUCCAGAAGGCACAUGCUAAGCUUAUUUGUGUUGGCUUAUGUUGCUGUGAGAUGGGUGGGACGAGAAGAGACACUGGAAGACGUUGAGGGGUGUGGGUUCUUGGGGCUAUGCUUUGGGGAGUCUCUACAGAGGAAACCAGUUUAUGGGAACACAUGCCUGUGAACAUACAUGGUUUGCAAUGGGAGCAUGAACAAGCAGGGUGUGUAUGGGGGUGUUUUAUGGGCUUGGGCAAGGUUUGGAAGGCUUUUGUUUUUCCGUGUGUUUGUGCACGAGUGUGUCAAGGUGGCGUGUAAUGCUGCCUUGAAAUUAACACCCUGCAUUCCAAGUAGCCUUUGUUGUCUCCAAUAGGCUGGCAGCAACAGUUUCUUCAUAUUGUGGCAGCAAAGUCUGUAGCCACUGAUUUCCCCCCCCCCUCUGAGCAGCAAAUCUAAGCUUAUCCUUGCAAUACCGGAACAGCUAAUGGCAGUGAAAUAUCUGUUUUCCAUUUCUGUCUAGCCUAGAUUUGAUUAAAAUUUCUCAGAAAGGGGGUUGAUGAGCUGCAGAAUUCAUAUCUAUCUAACUGAAUACAUUUUAAAUCCCCUGACACUCUCAACUUGUGGAUUUGCAGCUGACUUUUUCUUCAUUUUUUUAAAAAAAUCUGAUUAGUUUGAGAGAUGUUUGAAAGUAAUGUUAUUGGAUCUGGAGAACAUAAUGUUAAAAUAUGCAUUAAAAUUGUAGUUGCAUAGGGAGUUACCCCUUUGAACAUGAUACGUAGCUUUGCUAACACAAAAUGAUCGUACUGCUCUACUAUAACUGUACAAAAACAUCUUUACUGUUCCGAUCUGAAAAAAAGUUAGUGGCCAUGAUGAAAAUCUAAUCUCUCUGCUAAUACUGGUAAUAUGUGCUCUUGAUUAUAUUCUGAAUUAUUUUGUUAUUCCUAGUACAAUAACCAAGAAACUUAAGUUGUGUUCUGUGUUGGUUUUUACUUAAUGCCAAUCAGAGAAAUAAAUCUUAAUAUGUGUGGUGAAUUUUCGUCUUUUAAAAAGCGCCCCCCCUUCCUCCACUUCCAAAUUAGGUAAGAGUGCCUAACGUGACUGUAGGUUACUCAGCACUAUAGCCUAUAUAUUUCACUAAGGUUUACUUCUGUGAAAGAAUGGGCUUGUAGUUGACUGUAGUUCUAAGAAUGCUUAGCAGGGAGUAAAUUCCAUUUAAAAAUGAGACUGAAUUCUGAGUAACUUAUUUGUAGGACCAAACUACAGAGAAGCACAUGUUCCUACAAUAGCUUCACAUGUGUUUCCUCUUACAUGCUGAAUUGAACAUUGUAAUAAUGGAAAUACACCUGUGUAGCCUUAACUUACAUAUCCGACUGGUAUUUUUUAGAGGUAAUGGAAAUUUCUAUUGUACUACGUUGUGUGGUAUGUGAAACAGCUACUUAGGGUUUCACAGCCAUUUUAGGGUAAUUUUUUUGGCAGUACAUGAAAACUACAGAAUAAUUGAAAUAGUUAAUUUUUUCCCAUUUACCAUCUCUAACAACAUAAUCUGACAAAUGCCUGCACAGAAGUAAGACCCAUUGAGUUAAACGGGGCUUACUCCUACUGUGUAUGGGAUUGAAGCCUAAAAGGAAUUUCUAAUUGGAAUGGAAGUAUUCUUUGGUAAUGUUAUUUACUGACAUUCUCAGAUUACCUUAAUUCCUUCUGAUCUUAGCAGAUGUCUUGUGUGUAAUUUCCAUGCAGAGCAGCGCUGGCUGACGUAUGUCGCGGAUCAAACUAAACCAGCCAAACUAGACAGAUGAAUUUUCAAGUACUGACUUGUAGAUAUGAAUAUUUUGGGGUGUUUGCAGCUUUUAGGAAUACUGUAAUAUGUAUUGUGCUUGGUAUAAAUAAACCGGAUAGCUUUCUGUAGCCACUUGACAAGCUUAGCAGAGUAGAGUUGAUUCCUUGGAUGCCUUUGUGCCUUGAAGUUGAUGGCAUUUUCCCUGCAUGAUCUCAGGGAAUCCUUAAAAAUAGUUGCUCUACGCUAUUGCUAAAUGGCAUACACCACUUGUGGGGAUGAAGCCUCAAAUAACUUCUGUGGUGGCCAUAUUCAUUUAUUGUUUGUUUACGUGGAAAAAAAAUAGACUGCUUAAUGUUAGAAAAUUUCUAAGCAGUGAAUCUUACAGUUUUGUAAAAGAUCGCCACAAAUGCAAACAGUUCUGAAGUUGGAGAUCAGUUCUAAUCAUUAUAUUGGGCCAGAGAACUGGCAGCCUGUGGGCCAGAUCCAGUCUAUGUAACCUUUUGGACCACCUUGUCAAUCUUUCCUUGGCCCCCUCACCACCUCAGCAGUGGUCCAUUUUCUACAGCCACUGCUUUGGGAGACACCUAAGGGAGCUACAGUCGUACCUUGGAAGUCGAACAGAAUCCAUUCCGGAAGUCCGUUCGGCUUCCAAAAUGUUUGGAAACCAAGGUGCAGCCAACAGAACCCAUGUCGGACGUUUGGGUUCCAAAGAAAGUUCGCAAACUGGAACACUCACUUCUGGGUUUGCAGCGUUUGGGAGCCAAAACAUUCGACUCACAAGGUUUCCGACUUCCGAGGUAAGACUGUACUGCUCAAAGCUGGGGUUCCCACAUAAUGGUAGCAUGAAAUUUAUUUUGCCUGGUGUAUGUUGGCCUGCUUUCUGGCUGUUGUAGUGCAGCCUGGAGGUGAAUCCAGCCCUGUUUGCAACAGUGGAUUUUUAAAAUCUUGUUAUUCGUAAGUCGAAGGAUAUAUACAUAUUUCUAACCGGUGAAUUCAGAAAUCAGCAUUCACUAACAUAGACUAUUCUGUCUCUGUAGGAUUUGGGUUGAGGCAAUUUUGCUGCUGUAACCAAAUUAUCUGUUAUGCUACCCAUUCCUUCUUGUGAAUUGUGAUGCUUUCGAACUGUCUUCGAGGGAACUUUGAAGCUCAGCAAACAUUCCUGUGUAUGGUCAGCAAUGACAAUCUUACCUGAGGCAGCUCGACUGCCACCAAGUCUUCCCUUGCAAAGUGUUGUGUUGUGUGCUGCAAGGUUCAUGAAAGGUGAUGUUGAAACCCGGCAGGUCUUUUAAGUGCUCUCAGGAUAUGCAACACAACUGGUUCCGUAGCAGAUCAGUCCAUUCGGAAAGGUAUUCCCUGAAGGGCGAAAAUGUGAAAAGCUGCUGUAGCCUGCCACUUUAUACAUGAGUUGUGGGGCUUAAAUGAGAAUGGGGAGAACCAUGUGCACCACCUCAAGCUCUUUGGAGAAAAAAAGGUGGGAUGUAAAUGCAAUAAAAUAAAUAAAUAAUACAAGUCAGUGUAGGGAGCAGUGGCUAGAGCGUUGGGUUUGGAAAAUGGGAUGCGAUCUGGCCUUGGACAGGUUAUUUCUAGUAUAACCUUCCCAACUGUGCUGUGUAUUUAGAGGAAGGGUGAGAUGCAAAUGUUAAAUAUAAUAAAAAGGCAGAAAUGACCAGUUCUCUUCCUCAGUUUCUACCUUUGCAUCAGACCAAGAUGGAUUGGGUAGGGCUGUGCCUGUCCCAUCAGUCUGGCUCCAGUAAUACAUUAUGCCUGGAUGUUCACAGGGCUUACACAUGGUUAAAGCUGGAGCCAGCUAACAUUCGUUGGCUACAGUAUAAGUGCAUCUCCUUAUUUACUGCAAGCUAUCUCUGAAGAAACUGACGAGUGAAAACUAAUGUUGGCUUUUAGGAAGCAAGGAAGCUAUGGCAUUCAGGACAAGACAGAACACAGUUUUCCUUCCUUGACUAUGGUUUGUAGCAGCUGUUCCUUCUGCAUGCUAAUCGGUCCCUGGUUGAAAAUAAUGGUGGUGGAUGGAGUAGCUGUGGAAAGCAGCAGAACGGUGUGUUGUUUUUCUCUCUUCCAGUCCUAACUAGGCUUGUUCUUAAGUAAACCCCACUGAAAUAUAUGGGCCAUGGAAAGAAUGUGUGUUUAGGAUAUCAGUCCUCAGAGCAGCCUUCAUGAGUUUCGAUCCCUGAUUGUCCCAUAGUCUCCGAUGAUUUUUAGAGCAACCUUGGUUGGUAACAGAUCACAUUUCUAAUACUGGACAUAACCAGGAAUAAUAGGCAUCAACUUCUAAUGUUUUUUUUUUUUGACCAUACAUGAUGGCUCAGUCAUGUUUAAUUCCUUUAGAACAGAAUUUCAAAAGCCUGGUUCUUUGAAUUUCUGCUGUGUAACUCCAACGCCCAAUUAUUUUAGCUGAUGGAAAUAUUGAUAGUCUGAAGCUUCUUGAAGCAAUUCCUGUUUCUUUUAUAGGGAAAAUUAGACUUACAUUUUGGAAUGCCUUUAUUUUGCAAUGUUGUCCAUGUUUAUUUGGUGUGUUAUUCCCUCAGCGGUGUUGAAGGCUAUGGUAAUUUUUCUUUUUAAAUUAGGUUGAAGGUUAAAAAAAUUGCUUUUUGUGAAUUGUCAGGAUUCAUGAACUGAAAUAAUCAGCUCUCCAAAGCCAUGAUUAAAUAAUGUUUUCAUGGGUAAACAAGAAAUCCUAAGGUGGUUGGCUUUUGCAACUUUUUGCUCUUUUAACUAUGCCUGAUGCUUCUGAUGCGAGUAGGCAGGGUGUUGAAAUUGAACAAGUAUCCUGCUGACUUAAAUACUUCAAUUAACAUGACUCUCUUUCAGUAUGCAGCUUAUUUUUAAGAGCUUUGCAGAAACUGUUUGUAAACCUGUGAAACAAAACAGGUCGUUCUUGCUGUCCUAUACUUUGUUGUUGUCCCCUGCCUCUACUUAUUGGGAGUCUUUGAAUAAACCAGCGAAUCUUACACAUUGCCAGUUCUUGUGACCCUUAAGAGGACUUGUUUGCAGGUAUUUCAGUUUCAAAAUGUUCUGUUCAUAAUAACAACUUGGAAGCAUGAACACGACAUCUGCUCUGAAAUGUUUUCUGUUACAGAAUGCAAACUGUGGCAUUGUACGUCUGUCAGUGAGCAUAUUGCUUGUGAUUUUUGAGUGAGCUUUGAAACAUCUUGAUAAGAAUCAGAAUUUUUGUUAACGGAAUAAAGUGCAUCUAAGUUUGUGCCUUUUAGCUUUGGAGCACCCCUUUCCAGUAACAUCAAACAAAGAGUCAUUAUGAGCGGGUAUGUUUGGCUGGUAUGUUUGCAGUUGACUAAGUGUCAAGUAUACUUUCUUUGGUACUAUAAUUCCUCAAUUCUUUAACAAAGGAAUGAAUUCUUCAUCACCUACAGCCUGUGUACAAUAGCUGUAUCUGCUAACCUGCUGAAUAUUGGUAGCUGCAGUUUCCUGCAUUGCAAUGGGUAAAAGUUAAGUUCAAAUUGUAAAUUUACAAGCCAUUACUUAGCAACACUGAGGUAGCAUUGCAUUUGGAGUAGACAAUGAAAGAACUUCAUCUGUGUUUGGGACUCACCGUUAUUUCCAGUCUUUUGCUGAGAUGUAAUGUUUCCUUGGAGGGACGAGGGUGGCACUGUGGGUUAAACCUCAGAGCCUAGGGCUUGCUGAUCAGAAGGUCAGCGGUUCGAAUCCCUGCAACGGGGUGAGCUCCCGUUGCUCGGUCCCUGCUCCUGCCAACCUAGCAGUUCGAAAGCACGUCAAAGUGCAAGUAGAUAAAUAGGUACCGCUCUGGCGGGAAGCUAAACAGCGUUUCCGUGCGCUGCUCUGGUUCGCCAGAAAUGGCUUAGUCAUGCUGGCCAGGUGACCUGGAAGCUGUACGCCGGGUCCCUCAGCCAAUAAAGCAAGAUGAGCGCCGCAACCCCAGAAUCAUCCACGACUGGACAUAAUGGUCAUGGGGCCCUUUACCUUUACUAAUGUUUCCUUGCCUUCCUGCUGUCCAUCAUUUUUGCCAUAAAGUCUUGAUGUGCAUCUGUAGCAUUGUCUCUUUCUUGGAGUGUCUGGUCUUAAUUGAAUUAAUAGUGUUAAGUUGGAAGUGUUGAAGGUGACUCUCAACACAGGCAUUCUGUUUUAGGCACUUAAACAGAUGGCAAAGAGCCUCUUUGUUAAGUGCAGUUGUCAGGGAGGUUAGAGCAGUUAAGAAUGAUGAAUUGCAAAAAUCUUUCCCUUAGCGAAGGCUGCUCCUUCCGAGCAAGAUUGAAAGUACGCUAAAGAUUUUUCGUGUGCAAGAGACUUAAAGUAGCUCUUCUCAACGUCAAGCCCAAAGGCCUUGUUCAUGAAAAUGCCUAACUCAGCCUUCUCCAACCUGGUGCUCUCCAGAUGUGUUGGACUACUGCUUCCUCCAGGCAGCAUGGCUGAGGGACAGGGAUGCUGGGAGUUGUAGUCCAGCACCAUCUGGAGGGCACCAGAUUCAGGAACAGUGGCCUAAGUCUUCCCUGUUGCAGAAAUUUUAUCAUGACUCUAUGAUAAGGAGUAUGAUUGCCGCCUUUUGCAAGUUACGGUGCUCUUUGAAUGCUGUCAUACUCCCUCCCAGUUAGUGCAGGUAGCACUGCCCCUACCUUGCCUAACCCCAAUGCUGCUUCAUGCUUGUAAAAUCUUAGGUUAACUUGUAUCCAGAGCGAGAAGGAUAUUUGCAAAGCUGUUUGCAAAGGAGCAUGUCUGAGAAGAAGGGAAUGUACACUUUCUCCUGGAGCCAAUUUACAGAAAGUAGCAUUCGGCAAAGGAACAGACAGCAGAGGCUUUGUGGAAACAUUGUUCCCCUCCAGUAUAAGAGCAAGUGAACACCCACUUGUGUGAAAUGUCAGUGAACAGUAAAUAGAUGGAGCAGAGUAUAAAUAGGGAGGAUGUAUGGGAGGAUGGGUUCAGAAAGCAAUGACAAAGCCAUUCUGGCACCAAUAAAAUGCUGGUAUAUUGUGAUGAAAUUUAGCAAAAUUUUUUGGUCAUAAAUGGCCAGCUUGUGGAAUGUGGGGGAUAUGUUGGGUCCAACUGCUGUUACAUACUCAGGCUUGCACCUGACUGCCUUUCCAGGACUCUGCUGCUGCCCGCUUUGCAGGCCAGUAAACUAGGAAGUAAAAAUUAUUUGAGGCACUUGAUUUUUUCUGUCUCUGUGCUGUGCUAUUCCUCCUAAUUUGACUUUGUCUUGUUGUGGCAAAGACAAUUGCUGCUGCAAGAUGGUUUUACUAAGUGGCUUUCAUCCCAAAAUACAGCCUGGAAAUCAUGAAAUCCUAACAGUGCUCCAAAUGUUAUAUAUUGCUGCUGCUGUUGAAUUUCUGACCCCCCCCCGUAUAGAUUUGAAGAACAUGGCUACGCUUUACUUGGUAGACAAUAGUUUCGUACCCAAUGAGUGUCCAUCUAGUUUAUUUUUAAAAUUAAUAUUUUUUAAUCCACCUAAUUCAUAUUUUUAAAUAUUUAAAGUGGGGCUUGAAAUGACUUACAAGAUGUGCAGCUGAAUGCUGAAGAGAGCUGAAGCUUGAAGCAAGUAAGACUAGAGUUAUCUUAGUUGCAUUCAAAAACAUCUGCUGAAUACAUUCAGAAUGUAAGCUUUCUUUCUUUCUUUUCUUUUUUUAAAAAACAGUUUUUAAGAAUAGUAUCUGAUUUUGUAAUCUGCUUCUGCAGGUUUUUUUUUUUUUUAAAUACCUAGUAGAAAUGGAACUGAGUGUAAUUCAAACUAAAAGCUUUUGACAACUCUCAUGAAGUACCAAAACAUACAAACUUGUUUCGGUGCUGAAUCUGUUAACCCUGUUAGGAAGUGUUAUGCAGUGGUCUGUCCAUGCUAGCACUCAUUUCCAUAAAUAAAUGUUUGUUAACUAUGGGCAUAUUGAAAUGGACCUGAUAUGUAGAUACCGUAUUUUUUGCCCUAUAGGACGCACUUUUCCCCCUCCAAAAAUGAAGGGGAAAUGUGUGUGUGUCCUAUGGGGCAAAUGCAGGCUUUCGCUGAAGCCUGGAGAGCGAGAGGGGUCGGUGCGCACCCCACAAGCUCGGUGCGCACUGCCUGCAGCCCACAAGCUCGGGGGACAGCGGGGAGGCGCAGCGCCGCCACCCCGCUAUUCCCCGACCUGAUCUGGAGGCUGGUGGAGGGGAGAAGCAAGCUUGCUUCUCCCCCGCUCCAGCCCCACAAGCUCGGGGGAUAGCGGGGAGGCGGAGCGCCGCCACCCCGCUAUUCCCCGACCUGAUCUGGAGGCUGGCGGGGGAGAGAAGCAAGCUUGCUUCUCCCCCCCGCCAGCCCCACAAGCUCGGGGGAUAGUGGGAAGGCGGAGCGCCGCCACCCCGCUAUUCCCCGACCUGAUCUGGAGGCUGGCGGGGGGGAGAAGCAAGCUUGCUUCUUCCCAUCGCCAGCCCCACAAGCUCGGGGGACAGUGGGGCAAGCCGCUGCCCCACGGAGGCUAGAGAGGCUGUCCCUGAAGGCAGAAGAGGGAGACGGAGCGCUCCGUCUCCCUCUUCUAGCUUGGGGAUGGCUGCACAAACCUGGGGGGGGGGAAAUAAUUUUUUCCCCCUUGAUUUCCCCCCCAAAAAACUAGGUGCGUCCUAUGGGCCGGUGCGUCCUAUAGGGCAAAAAAUACGGUAAAUGGAAAGCAGGGCAAAGGUUUUGGUUUUCUCCAGAUGUUGAAUAAUUAGGAAAUAAAUUGGGGGGUGGGGUGGGGCAUGGCUUGUUUUACACUUAGUUCUGUCCCUUGCCGAAGACUGCAGUUUUCAUUAAUGAUUUGUAGAAGUUUAACACCCCUGGGACCUGCUGGGUUAUCCGUUUUUUGUGUAGAAGGUGAAGUGAUCUUCUGGUGCUGGUAAUUCAGAGAGUAAUCGCAAGUUAUUGGAGUAGCUCUCCCUGGAGUUUAGACACACAUGAAUGCAAAAGUGCUGUAGGCUUCUGGUGACAGCAGCAUAGUGUUCUAAAGGCUGGCUGGCGUGUGUGAAUAUUGUACAACUGCAUAUUGUAUACCCCACUUUGGUUGUUACUUCUGCCAGAGAAUAAUGUUUAUAAAUACUACUUGUUCUUUGUAAUUCCCACUGCUUUGAAAUUUGUCAAGAGGCAACACAUACAUACAAAAACAUCUAAACAUUAUUUUUUGAUAUCUUUGAGGUAUUCUGACCCCCAGCCAAGAAAGAAAGAAGAAAAAUAUGUCAAGUUUUUAUUUGUUAUGAACUCAAAUAACUCUCUGACUGGUCAAGCUAUGUCUGACUGGUCAAGUUCUGUUUUGAAAUGAACACAGUGUAGUCUUUGUGAGUAUCACAUCCUUGGGUGAUGAUAUGCUUUGACUAUGUUGGUUCUAGAGCUUAUGUGCACUGCCAGUCUAAAACUGAACUGGUGUUCUGCUCUAUUUCCUGAUGCAAAGGGUACAAGUCUUUCACCAUAGAGCUACCAGGAGCUAGAAUGUGGCCUCUUUGCAUCUGCAGAGAAACCUGGAGAAUGUCAACCUUCAAUUAAAUGUCAGAUGAUCAGGGCAGGUGUGUCCCUAGUCUUCUCUCCCUCUAUGCUUUCAACAGCAAGUUGAUUAUAUGGUGAUGUAACAGAAUUUCUCCACUAUUUUACUAACUCUACAGUUUCAUCCUUUCUUUGCUCAGAAUGACUAAUAAUAUGUGGUUUUUGUUUGCGGUGUUUUUCUUUUUUUAUCCAGACGACUUCAUUGACACAGCAUCUUGCUGCGUCAGGUUUCCUGUUAUCCUUCCUGUCCCUGCCCUGUUAAUACUUCUGACGGCUGAAUGAGGAAUCUUUUGGGGGUGCCUUACUUAAAUUAAGGACAAAAGCCUCAACUCUUGUAAUACUCAUGUUCAUAAUCUGCAGCUCAUAGGUCCCAGAGCAGGGUCCUGUGAACCUUGUUGAAGCUUGAUGGAUCUAUAUCUGUUUGGUGCCUCAAUGGGGAACCACCUGGGAAUUCUAUGUGCACCACAUUAAAUUCCAUGCAAAAGUGGUGUGAGAUAACAUGACAAAUAAUAUAACAACACUUCUUAAGUGUUCAGAGCACAUCGCAUACACUUUCUUGAAUGUUAUUACCAUGUGAGGUAGGCCAGUUGUAUUUCCUCCUAUAGAUUUCAUUGUGGCAAAAGUAGACUUAUUUUACAAAAACAAACCAGAUAAGAUUAUGGGGGUAAAUUUUCAGCACUCUGAUAAGAGAUCUUUGGUAUAUUUCCUCCGUCUAGUGCCCACCAGAUGUGACCAGCUUAAAAUCCCACUAUUCCUGACCGUUGACAACGUUGGAAGUGGCUGAUAGGAUUUGGAAUCCAACAACAUUUGGAGGGCAUCAGGUUGGGGAAGGUUGGCAUAGUCCCUACUUCGCCCACAAACUCUUAUUCAAGAGUUAAAUUCCAAUAUUUGGGAUCUUUCUUUUUUUAACCUGCUACUGGGAAAUGUCUUUUAACUCCCUCUCCCCUAAUACUUUAGACUAUGAAUACACUUUUAUCUUGGAGAAACGAGCCCCUUAGACAAUUAACGUUAUUUGCCUCUUGCCACCUGCCUACUUUUCUCAGUAACCAGGCAUAGUGUUUGAAUGGUGAAAGAGGAAAUGGAAAACUUCCAUAAGUUUAGUGUUUGAAGGCUGCCGUCACCCUUUCACAGAUUGGGGGUUUGAAGAAGACCAGUGUGUAGACUUCAGAAGAGUAGUUCUGGUUCCUGCCCCCUUCCUGAACGAAAGCUUGCUUCCCAAACCCUAGUUUGACCCCAUCUCUGAAUAACUUUGUGUUUAAAUAGCCUGUGUGAGAGUGAGACAGCGUGUGUGGGGCUGUUCCAGCACUCCAUGCUGCUCUAUUCACAUGGAUUGCUGCUUUUUCUCUUCUGCACAAUGGUGCAGGAGACCUAAUAUGUGUUCUGCAUGUGGCCUUUUAUGCAUUGUGCCCAGCUUCAUGGCUUCUUUUAAUGCACACUUCUCUGCAGCAUCAUACAGAACAGUUCUGUUUUCCCCUGUUUAGUUUUCGAAACAAGUCUUUGAAAUACUUUUAAAGCAUGUGUUCUUAGGCAGCGCAAUUGGUACCCAAAGCAAUUUGUUCAUUCACUUACCGUACAUACUUAUCAUUAAGGAUCUAAUUAAAUGUUGCAGAUGGAUGUUUGUAAUAAAAAGAGAAACAGCCCAGUUCUUUGCUACAAGGCUUCAUGAGAAAGGGGCAAUUUUGAGCAGAGGCGUGGUGGAAGGAGGAAGAGCUCAGCCCUUUUUCUCCUGCUGUUUCCCUGGUAGAAAUCACCCACUCCCUAUGCCACCAUGAGGCAAAGAAGCAGGCUUUUAUUAUAUGCUUUGGUGUAGCAAGGUUGUAAGCCCAAUUCUCACCAUGUUUGUUCAGAAUUAAGGGCCAAGUCCUCAGCUCCCACCAAUUUCAAGAGGACUUGGAAGUAGCAAAAAUCUAGGAAGUCUCUGCCUUUGGCAAGUGAACUUAUUAAGCAGAUCUGUUUCUCUCUCUCACUGCCCCCACCCCCUGACAGUUUGCAGGAAUCACAUUCUUGAUGAGGCAAAAGGGGUCAACUUGAUUCACAGAAGAGCUCUGGGCAUCAGAUCAUUUGCAUCACUUCAUGUGAUGCUAGAUGCCUGUGACAGUGUUUAUAAGCAUAUUUUGUGCUGCAGGUCGCUAAAUCAGGUUACAGAGUUCAUAGGUUAGUAGGCUAUGCAGCUGACCAUAAUACAUUCACAUCACUUUCCCACAAGCACUCAGAGAUGGGAAAAACACCUGCAGUUACUUGAUUAAAAGCUUGAAUGCUAUCUUGGUUGGUGUGUGUGUGUAAAAGCUUCUGAAACCUUGAAAAGUCAUUUCAACUCUGCAUCCCCUUUUGUGUACCUCUUUGUGGACCAAAUUGGGCUGGUUUAGUCAUAAGGCAAGUGGGAGUCCCCCCACCCCUUGAACUGGUAUAUGGGAUGGUAAUGAAACUCACCUUACUUCCAUGGGAGCCACUGUUUUUAAGAUCUUUCCUGAACUGGUAUUAUCAUCUAUGAGAUUUAGAUUGAUAUAGAGACUAAGUUGUGUAGUGUAAAUACAUUCUAGAAUGUAUUCUAGAACUGUGGCUGUAUAUAUACUCUCUGUGUUACAAUACAAUACAAUACAAUACAAUACAAUACAAUACAAUACAAUACAAUACAAUACAAUACAAUACAAUGCAAUGCAAUAUAAAUUUUCCUGAGCAGGCUCACUUCUGGAACUAGGCUUGUGGUGGUGGAGAAUGACGCUCUAAUGCCAGUUUUAAAACGUAAACAACUUCUCCUUAGAGGUAGAGUGCCUAGUACAUUUGAAUAGGAAGCUGUCUGAGGCAGGAACCUUAAUUAAUAGUUGGGAGCAUAUGCAUUAAUUGUGUUAUAAAGGUCUUUUGGGGGUGCCUGAAUUGUCUAGAGCAGGAGUUGCUAACCUGUGGCUCAGCAGAUGUUGAUGGACUCCCAUCAUUUUGGCCAGCUUCAUCUGACAUUUUAAUUUUUUUGUACCCCAGACAUUUUAGGGAAUGGUGGAAUAUCUGAAAACCACAGUAGUAAAGGGAUCAUAGAGUUCAGUGCAGUUUUGGUGGUAGGAUUUGACUGCAAAUUUCUCUAGCUUCCUUAGUUUUCAGCAGCCCCUCCUGUCAUGCAAGUCACAAGCCAGGAUGUGGACGGCGAUGCAACUAAACUGUGCCACUGAUGAAGCCACGGGAAGGCAAAAUUGUUGAGGCCUGUCUGACAAAACCAGUGACAACAUUGCAGGCAUCAGUUGAACUUAACUGCGGAUAGCACUCCAGUUGCACGAAUAAGUCAGAAGACUGAGAGAGACCGAGAGAGUGCUCUUUGACAAUAAACUGACAGGCUACUACAACUGUUCUAGCAGCUCUCUGCCUCUGAAAAGGCAGCUCGUGUGGGUGUUCCUGUUCUGGUAUUUUCAACCAGCAGCUGCUGCAUGAAAUUUAAUUUGGUUUCCUGCUGCAGUUGCAAGUUCAUUUGCUGUGUGGGGGCCUCUACUUUUGCUGAGUUUGCAAGUUUGUUUAGUGACUUUGCGGUAAUCUGCUAGAUUAAUUUAUUUAAUGCACAGUUAUAAUGAAAACAUCUUAGUGUGCAUUGUUUUCUGACUCACUUUGUGACUCCCCUACCCUGGUCAAGUAGCAUCUUGACAAAAGCGUAGUGCUCUUGACUUAUAAUGUCCUUGGGUGUGUGAGAGAACUGGAUAAUGGAAGUGAGGUGUGCAAGAACUGCUGAUAAUGGCUGGGAGCUUUUGUAUUUGUGUGUGUGUGUGUGUGUGUGUGUGUGUGAUGGCAACAGGGCUUUGAGCCCUAAGUUGAUUCCUUUCUGGUGGAUGCUGUGCCUCCAAUAGGAUGGACUGUCUUAAAUUUGUUGUGUACUUAAAGGGAAGGAAGUAAUUUCAGCAGAACUUGCUUCAAACCAGAAGUCCAGUGUCACAAUGUUCACUUUCAUCUUCACUCCCUUCUUCUCUCCUGGCACUUUAUUCUGCAACUAGGGUUGUUUUGCCUGUGUCUGGAUUUCAUAUACAGAUUGCUUAUGAAAUUGGUUCGUGAGGGAAAUCCUAUCUGUGGUGUAAUAAUUUUGUUCUGUAGUUCUAGAAUAAGAAAAUUACCUUUUGGUGACAGGUCAGGGAAAAUCUGAAUGUUUGCUUUGGCUAGCUUUUUUAAAUGUAAGCGAACAAUUAAAAUGGCAACUGAUAGUUUUCUGUGUUUCUUUUUUAGGUCAGAGUUUCCAGUUUCUUUUGUACCUUUCGUGAGGGGAGGAAAUGA